AUGGAAGGAGGAGAAGAAAAGGCUUCAUCUUUUCUUGAUGUGCCCAAAGAUAUCCCCAUUGCCACCAAGUCCCUCACCAUCAAGACGACGACCAAUGGCGGCUGCAGCGGCGGCGGCGGCUCCGACUGGUCGAACCCCAUCUCGCCGGCCAUCUCCAUCUCGCCCUACCUCAACUCGCCGUCGCCGCCGUCCUCCGCGUUCGUCUCCGCGCUGCAGUCCCCUUACGUGUCCCCUCGGGUCGUGGAGCCGCCUGCUCCGCCGCCGCCGCCGCCGCAGCGGCAUCGGGGAACUAAGGCGCCCGAAGCCGCCGUUCCGACGCCGGCGUCCUGCACCGACGGGUCCCGCUCGGAGGACACCGACGCGCCGAGCGCCUCCCGCACGCCGCCGUCGGAGCGGUACGAUUCUCGCGGCGUCGACCCGCCGCCGAAGAGCUCCGGCGGCGGGGCGGCGGCGCGGGCGUCGUUCUCCUUCCCCGUGCCGCGCGUCUCGUUCACCAGGGGCGUCGUGGCGUCGCCGAUGUCCAGCACCAAGCUCCGGAGCUGCGACGUCUACAUCGGCUUCCAUGGCGCAGGCGGUGCUCUCACUAGGUUCUGCAAGUGGCUCAAGUCGGAGCUCGAGCUCCAGGGCAUUGCAUCGUUCAUGGCCGACCGGGCUAGGUACUCCGACACGCAGAGCCAUGAGGUUGCAGACCGGAUUAUCUGCUCAGUGACCUUCGGCAUCGUGGUUGUCACCAUGGCCAGCUUCCUCAAUCCGUUCAGCCUCGAGGAGAUCCGGUUCUUUGCUCAAAAGAGGAACUUGGUGCCAAUCUUGUUCGACACCGAGGUUCUCGACAUUGCAGAGAUGUUUGAUGACAAAUUCGAAGGGAAGGAAGGGGUGGAAGCAUUUGAGGGGCUAAUGAGGUGUCAUGAGUUCAAGCUUGAGACAGACGAGAGCAAUUGGAGAAAUUGUGUGUCAAGGACAGCCACCGUGCUGCAAUGGAAGCUCGGCCGAAGGUGCAGUGGCGAGAAGGAGAACCAGGGUGUUGAAUAUCUGCCAUUUCCGCGGAACCCCCAUUUUGUUGGAAGGGAGAAGGAGCUCUCUGAGAUCGAGGGCAUGUUCUUCGGUCGCGCAGAGGAUGUCGAAGUUUUGGAGUGCCCAAGGGGUUCCAUGACUACUGGUGAGUCCAGUGGUGUGUCAGAUGGGUUUGCUGAUGAGGAUAGUGACACUGUGAGGAUAUCUAAUGGCAGGUUCAUCAGCUUGGAUUUGCGCAGGUGUAAGCAGCCUAUGUUAGAGGCAUUUGCGACCGAGACAUCAUCAGGGAAAGGGAGAAGCAUUCAGAAGCAGAGAUCAAAGCGCAAAAAAUCAAGAUUCAGGUGUAACAGCAAGAGUCAUGGUAAUGUCAGUGUGAUCUGCAUCAAUGGCAUUUCCGGCAUCGGCAAGACGGAGCUUGCAUUGGAGUUUGCAUACAGGUACUCGCAACGGUACAAGAUGGUGUUGUGGAUCGGAGGUGAGGCCAGGUACCUGAGGCAGAAUAUACUGAAUUUGUCGAUGUAUUUGGGACUGGAUAUCAGUGCUGAGGCUGAGAAGGAGAGGGGCAGGAUUAGAAGCUUUGAGGAGCAAGAGUUUGAUGCAUUUCAGCGGGUGAAACGAGAACUUUUCAGGGAUGUUCCAUACCUGCUUAUCAUUGACAACCUUGACAAUGAGAGGGAUUGGUGGGAGGGGAAGGACCUUCAUGACUUCAUACCUAGGAACACUGGAGCAAGCCAUGUCAUUGUGACAACACGGCUACCACAUGUGAUGAACAUUCAACCAAUGCCACUUCCGCAGCUCUCAUUUCCUGAAGCUGUGACCCUGAUGAAGGGGAAAAUGAAGGAGGACUACCCUUCUGAGGAAAUUGAAGUUCUCAGAAAAUUCGAUGGGCGGUUGGGCGGACUGAGCUUUGGCUUGUGGAUUGUUGGUUCUCUGCUGUCCGAGUUGAUGAUUGCUCCUUCCGUGUUGCUUGAGACUGUCGACCAGAUAUCGUUGAACGAUAACAUGCUUGCUCUUGGUGCUAAUGUUGACAGCUUAUGGCAGCACAAUUUGUUCCUGAUUAAGGUACUAGUCUUCUGUUUUGCAUUGAUGGACCGGGUGAAAGGGGGUAGCCUUGCCUUGAGAAUGAUCAGUGCUGGUUCCUGGUUAGCUCCAGCUCCCAUGUCAUCAACCCUACUAGCUGCUAUGGCCAGCAAGCUACCAACAAAAGCCAAUAGCAUCCAGUUGUGGGGUGAAUCCCUCAAGACCGCAUUGUUAUGUGGCACACAUUGCUUUCUAGCUCCACAGGCAAGGAAGACUGAGGUGGAGUCAGCACUCUUACUAGUAAAACUUGGCCUGGCACGAAAAACAACACAUCACCCAGGCUUCUGGAUCCAGUUUCACCCAAUCAUGCAGUUGUUUGGCAAGAUCAGAGGUGGUUUGGCACCGGCAACUGCAGCUGCAUCCGGUGUCAUAAGGUCUGGAGAUACGUCUGUGUACUCAGACCACAUGUGGGCUAGCGCAUUCCUCGUGUUCGGUUUUAAAUCUGAGCCACCUGUUAUUCAGCUUAAGGCUGUUGACAUGGUGCUCUUCAUCAAGAAGAUAGCGCUGCCCCUUGCGAUUGAAGCAUUCGUGACAUUCUCAAGGUGUGGUUCAGCACUGGAGCUGCUUAAGGUGUGCACCAACAUCCUUGAGGAUGCAGAGAAGACGCUUGCAUCGCGGAUACAGGACCUGAAGCAGGGGCCACUAUGCUGGAAGAAGAAGCUGCAGACAAACAACCAUGCUGAUGAUGAGUUCAUCUGGCAGGAGGUGACACUGCUCAAGGCAACGCUGCUUGAGACAAGGGCAAAGCUGCUGAUGCGAGGCGGGUUAUUCGACAGUGGCGAGGAACUCUGCAGAACCUGCAUCAGCAUCAGGACUGUAAUGCUUGGGCAUGACCAUUCCCAUACACUGGCUGCCCAGGAAACAUUGGCAAAGAUAGUUAGAUACAGGAGUAAAAUUUGAGACAAUGCAAAACCUUUAGAACUAACUGGUAUAAAUGUACUAGUAGGUUCUUUGUGUGUGAGUACUCAGCAUUUUCCUGAUCAUGGCAUGUAUUUGUUAGCGGUGAAGAAUAGCCAGUUUGAUGAGAUCA